AUGAAAAUCAAACAAGUGCUACCAAACAAACCAAAACCAACGAUGCCGUUCACCUGUACCGAUAUCUGCAAGAUCAUUUUAGCCAUUAUUCUGCCACCAUUGGGCGUGUUGGCGGAAAAAGGCUGUGGCGUGGACCUGCUCAUCAACAUCGCAUUGACCAUAUUGGGUUUUAUACCUGGAAUAAUACACGCCCUCAAAGAUUAG